AAUAUAAAAAUCUAGUAGGAAACAAAUUGCUUUUAUAAUGACAAGUGUCAGAUCACAUUAAUGUAAGAAAGUAUUACAUGAAAUUAAUGAAGUUCACUUUCAACGGUGAAUUAUUUCAAAACUAAUUUAUAAUUCCUCGGAUGAAAGUACAAUUUCAAAUGCAAUGAAAAUAAACGAGAAAAAUAUGGCAGCUUUUGCUACUUCAGCAACACCAGUAGAUCGUGAAGGGUGGUUAAAAAAACGUGGCGAAUUAAAUCGUGGAUAUCAAAGAAGAUGGUUCGUUCUUAAAAGAAAUUUAUUAUUUUACUUCGAUCGACGCGAUGAUAAAGAACCAGUGGCUAUGCUAUUUCUUGAAGGUUAUACUAUUGAAUUGGCAGAGGACGAGGAACAGUUCGCUUUUCAAAUUGUAUUUCAUGGUCCAAAUAAUAGAAUAAUUUAUACUCUUGCAGCAGAAUCUCAGGAGUCUAUGGAACAAUGGAUGAAAGCUUUAGCUCGUGCUAGUUAUGAUUAUAUGAAGUUAAUGGUGGCAGAUUUACAAAGACAGUUGGAUGCAGCAGAAGAAGAAACAACAAUGGUGAUGGCUCCUUCUCAAUCCCCUAAAGCUCCUCCUAGACAACGACAUAAUCCUUUUAAUAGAUCCGAGUUGCAUCACCGUUCGCAAAGUGUUAGAUCUGCGCCUGGAAGAACAGAAAAUGUUCCAAGGACAAGGAUAACAUUCCGUGAAUUACAUAAUAUGUAUGGUAGAAGAAUUUUAGCAGAUCUAAAUGAAUGGAGGCAUGCAAGAAAAACUACAGAAUCACCCUUGAUCAGUUUUUAAUAACGUAUUAAACCUAAGUAUCAAUGUAUUACUUGAUGCUUUAAGGCUUCCCUAUACUUCUUUUAUAUA